AUGGGUGAUGCAUUUUUAUCUCGAAAAAAUCCACUCAGACCGAUUAUUUUGGGUGCUUUUCACCGAACUAACAUGGAACAGAAUAUUCCGGGAAACUAUGUGGUCUUUCAAUUUCUCGGUGAUGUACAACAAACAUAUCGUUUGUAUUGCUUUUCAACAAACGAAAAUGGUAAAAAAUUUGUUUAUCAGGCUCAUAUUCAGCGGAUACAUCAAGGAAAGCGAUUUGUAAACGAUAUCUGUUCUAUGGCUGGCUUUAUUGCUGAAUGUCGUGUCGUAGAUCAAUCUUUACCAUUUAUACGAGUAAGUACAAAACGUAAUGUGAAGGAAUCACUUAAAAUACCAAUUGAAAAGGUAUUGAAGAAUAAGCGACAUAAAUUGGUUGUUUGUAUGGCACCAACAUAUGCGCUUAUGGAAUGGCGCAUAUUACUUCUUGGCAUUGAAAUAUGGCUUGCACUUGGUUCUACCAAAAUUAUUAUUCCGAUACAGUCUAUUUCAAGAGAUGCAUUUAAAAUACUUCGGGAAUAUGAACAAGAUGGAUUAGUUAUUUUACGUCAUUGGCCUAAAUGGCCAAUAUUAUCAGAUAAAAAUCCAAAUGGUUUAGUUUUAUCAAGAGGAAUUGAAGAAUCACAUGUGAAUUGUUUGUUUUUUGCUAAGCCAUGGGCUGAAAUGAUAGCAUUCACCGAUUUGGAUGAUAUUUUAAUUCCAACAGAACCUAUGAAAAUUUAUCCAAAUAUGAAUAUUGAUAUAAUACAGAAUCUUGCAAAUGAGCAUCCACAAGCUGGAUCUUUCCUUUUCGAACAUCGUGACGUACGAAUGGUACUACCUGAAGAUGAAGAAAUGUUGCAGUUAGAUAAUUUCAAUUUCAAUUUCUUGAUUAAUGCAAAUAGGAAAAAAGAAUGUACAGUAUGGCGUAUGAAAACACGUGUUAUCGUGAAUGCAAGUCGUGUGGAUACUGUUAAUAUGCAUGAAAGCGGAAUUAACCGUUUCGGUUACGUACAAGUGAGAAUUCCAUGUCAUCGAGCACAUUUCUACCAUAUGCGACAUUCAUUUCGGGAACAAUCAACAGGACAAUAUUUAAAUAUGAGUAAUUUGAUACGAUUGCUCAACACAAAUUUCCAAAAACGGCUUCAAACAACACUUCGAAUCAUUGCGAAACAGCGGAUGAAUGGCUCUUUGAUUGAAACGUUGAAGGAUUUUGAUGAGUGCGUGAUCGAAAUUAACAAGGAGCAUUUUAAGUUAAAAGUAUCACGUUGCAUGACGCCUCACGUUUGUUACCUUAAAUUGAAGAGUAAAGUUGAUUGCGUGGCUUCAAUUGGAAGUUACGAAUUUGUACAUGUAUCCGGCGAUUUCAUUCUUCAGUUGAUUGAUGCUCGAUUUAGGAAGAGUGACGAGAAUUGUGAUGCACCAAUUUCAAAAAUUGUUAAAGGCAAUCAUUUUUAUGCUCCGUGA